GAUACCUGAAAAUAAUGAGGGAACAAGAUGCUGCAUCAGAAGCUGACUCUAUGGGAGCACCCCCCAGGGGGCGUUGACUUUGAAACUCUAUUACAGGGUUGCUCAUUACGUCGAUCGUGGUCGACAACCACUGGUCGAUCUUGUUAACAGGUCAAAUGGUAAAGGGAGUAGCGAGGAACUACUCAAAUAACGAAAUUCUUAAAGAUCACUUUUUAUUUCCUAAUUUCUGCUCCAAUGCAGGUGGAUUUACAAAAUGUAGGAUGGCAGGAGAAGACUCAUUCAUAUUUAUGAGGAAAGCUUUACCUUAUUGGUUAUGGACACAAUUAGGGGUAGGGCUAUUGUUUCUCCAAUCAGGUAGCGCUUUCCUGAUAAAAUUACUGAAUCGUUCAAUCAGGUAUCAAUUUCCUCAUGAUUGUAAAUGACUUUUCCCCUGCCAUCCUACCUUUCGGAAACUCGGAUGCUGUCAUGCUGAUAAUAUAGUUUGUAAUAAAAAUGUUGUAUGAAUUAAAAAAAAAAAAAAAAACAAAGAAAUCUAAAUAGAAGGAUUUUUAGUGUGGCCUCAGACCUUGACCACACUGUAUACCUUGUCACUGUACACCACACAAUACAUGCAAAUUAUUAUUUUUCAUUCAAUUUCCUGAUGUUUGUGUGUGUGUGUGUGUGUGUGUGUGUGUGUGUGUGUGUGUGUGUGUGUGUGUGUGUUAGAAAUAUAAAGUUUCUCUUAAAACAAGACAAAAUAUCUUGUCAUUUUGCUUCGCAAACAUAUUUUUUAGAUAUUUUUCACGAUAUUUUUUUACUGGAAAUCAAGACAAAAAUAGUGAAAAAAUGUUUGUUUUUUCAGAGCAUAGACUAUAUGUAGCUUUGUGAGUUAUUUUGAAUGCUGUAGUUGUUUUUUUAAAGCAUAGAAUGUCAAAACAAUCAAUGUACAAUAGGUGUUCAUAUAGACAGCACUUCAUUAGAUACAUUUCUAAUAAACCUUAAACCUUGAACAAAAAUAUCUUCACAUCAUUUAGGGAAUUCAACAAUUCAAUGCUGACGUCUAAGCAUUUUAAAUUUUAUUUGCGUCAUUUACCUAUCAUAAAAAAAAUCCUUCCUCUUCUGAUGAGACAUUUGAGCCGAGAGAUUCAUACCUAUGGGUGUGUUUAUGCAUUGAUUGCAUUGCUAAGUAUUCCCAGAAUGCACUGUGCAGAGGUGAGUUGGAUCAAAUUACAGCACAACAGUGUCACAAGUACCAGGAAAACACCUGACAGGGAUGCAUCCUCUUCAUUAUGUCCCUAUUAUCUGACCAGACACUGCUGUAGUUGCAGCUCGGGAAGAGAUAUGUGAUCCAUUCCUGUAUUGGGUUGGUUUUUUGAAAUGAAUGCAGGCCAGUCCACAUGUGUUGUUGAAAUUGGUGAGGGAAAGUCCUGUUCCAGGGCUGAAUUUUCCUCUUUAUUGAACACCUACAACUGCUUUCUUAAUGACAAAACACACCUAAAGCUCAAUGUCUGUGAGAAUGCAGGUCAGGUGACAUUUGAAGGCAUCCUGGUCAUUUCCUGGGGAGUAAAGAGACCCAUUCGGCUAAAAAUACAAGAUGAGAAACAGAUUUUUCCAAAUGAGUCUCCAGUCAAGUCACCAGAUCCCAUCAGUCCACUUGGAAGCAAGAGGGGUAUGACACGCUGGGGAGAAUUUGAUGAUCUUCAUCAUAUUGAUGAACUGGAAGAAGUUAUUCAGGAUGGAUCAAAGAAACCUGACAAUCCCACUGAAGAAUACACUGAAUAUGAGAGCAAGACUUUAAGACUUCCUCGUCCAAAGUCAAUCAGUGGCGAAAGUUCAAAUCUGUUCCGAACCAUGAGUGAUGCCUCGCUGGUGAAGAUGAGAGUGAAGAGCAAGAAGACGGUAGAACGACAGAAGAACAGAAACCAUCGCUUCUCCAUCAACGGACACUUCUACAACCACAUGACAUCCAUUUUCACACCAUCAUAUGGAGCAACCACAAAUGUCCACAUCAACAGCAAGAUGACAACACACAAAGUUAUUACACAGCUGCUUCACAAAUUUAAAAUAGAAAACAGUCCAAAUGAAUUUGCCCUCUACUGUAUUCAUCAAAGCGGAGAGAAAAAAAGGCUGAGUAGUUCAGAUCUGCCAUUGUGGGAGCGUCUUCUUCAGGGACCAUCAAACAGAAUUAUGAAAAUGUUCCUCAUGGAUGCAGAUGAACAGGAAAUUAGUCUUGAUGUGGCUCAAUACCUCAAUUUAGAGCUUCCCAUUUUGAGGGUAAUUCUGCAGAAGCUGGAAGAGCAAGAGAACCAAGAACUACAAAGAAUAAUAUCAAAGUACGAACAUCAACGCAAUCUCUUAUUGCAAUGCUUAAAUAAAAAGUUUAUUAAGACUGAGACUACAGUAUAAAUGAAGACUUAAGAGAGAUUGUAGCAACUUGAGACUUGUUUUCCACUUGGCGUCAUCCACAGAAUAAAAGAGAAAAAUCACUGGAAUGAUUUCAGGACUUACAAGAGGAAUCAUUUUGAGAUGUUGAGAAGCACAUGUAGGAAAACACUGUUUUACUGUUAUAGUUGUGCUUAUAAUGUAAAUAAUGUAAAAUAGUUUCCACAUCAGUGUAAUUACAAUAUUUAUCAUGUGUCAAACCAAAUAAAAUACUGCUAUUUGA